AGAUGUGUUCCAGACAAAGCUCCGGAGGCUGCCAUGGGAUGUCUUCCCAGUCCAGCGGGUGCCACAGCGGAGGCUCCAGUUGCCACGGGAGCGGCUCCUCCAGUUACCAGUCCCAAGGCUCCUCCUGCUGUGGGGGUGGAGGGGGCUCCGGAAAAGUCAUCAUCAGCUCUGGUGGUGGAGGAGGGGGAUCCUGCUGCAGUGGGGGCUCCUCUGGAUAUGGGAUAGGAGGGGGAUACGGUGGUGGCUCAUCAGGAUCAAAGAGCAUCAUUGGAGGGGGAAGCGGCGGAGGAUGCUCAGGUUAUGGCAUGGGAGGAGGGUACGGUGGUGGCUCUUCAGGAUCAAAGAGCAUCAUUGGAGGUGGAGGUAGUGGAGGUUCCUCUGGAUGCUGCAGUGGGAGCAGCUAUGGAAUGGGUGGAGGAUAUGGUGGUGGAUCUUCAGGAUCAAAGAGCAUAAUUGGAGGGGGAAGCAGUGGUGGUUCCUCUGGAUGCUGCAGUGGAGGAUCCAGCUAUGGGAUGGGUGGAGGAUAUGGCGGUGGAUCUUCAGGAUCAAAGAGCAUCAUUGUAGGGGGAGGUUCCUCUGGAUGCUGCAGUGGGGGCUCCUCCAGCUACGGAAUGGGUGGAGGAUAUGGUGGAUCUUCAGGAUCAAAGAGCAUCAUUGGAGGUGGAAGCACUGGGGGUUCCUCUGGAUGCUGUGGUGGAGGAUCCAGCUAUGGGAUGGGUGGAGGAUAUGGCGGUGGAUCUUCAGGAUCAAAGACCAUCAUUGUAGGGGGAGGUAGUGGAGGUUCCUCUGGUUACUGUGGUGGAGGAUCUUCGGGUUAUGGCAUGGGUGGAGAAUGUGGUGGUGUGUCUUCAGGAACCAAGAUCAUAUUGGGAGAGGGAAGCAGUGGAGGUUCUUCCGGAUGCUGUGGUGGAGGAUCCAGCUAUGGGAUGGGUGGAGGGUACGGUGGUGGAUCCUCAGGAUCAAAGAGCAUCAUUGUAGGGGGAGGUAGUGGAGGAUCCUCUGGAUACUGUGGUGGAGGAUCUUCAGGUUAUGGCAUGGGAGGAGGGUACGGUGGUGGCUCUUCAGGAGGGAAGACCAUCAUUGGAGGUGGAUCCUCAGGAUGCUGUGGUGGAGGAUCCAGCUAUGGGAUGGGAGGAGGAUGCAGCAGCGGCUCCUCGGGCCAGACCAUCAUCAUCAGCUCUGGAGGUGGCGGCGGAGGCUCCUCCCAGCAGAAAUGUCCCAUUGUCAUCCCCAGCGUGGUGUCCCACCAGAGCAAGCAGAGCUCCUACUGGCCCUACGGCCAGCAGAAGUAACAGCCCUGGACAGUUCCAGUUCUGAGCUCCUGCCACGGCUCCUCUUUGCCUGGCUCUGCUGCCUGGUCCUUCCCAGUGUGUCCUCUCCUGUCCCCUGGACGCUGCACCCUCGUGUGAGAUCCCCAGGAUUGCUCUGCUGUGCCCUGCUCCUGGUGUUGGGGUGCCUUUGAUAAUGUUCUGCCACUUUUGAAAACCAAUAAAUGUUACAAUUGCUCAAAUCUACCCCUUUUUUGGGAGUUCACUUCUUUUUUGCACUACCAACCUGCACUUCAUGUUCUUGGGAUGUAGAA